CUACCUCCGGUCUAUUUCGCCCACCUUCCUGUGAAUUCGCUGACACAUGUGGCUAUAUGCACGUCUACAUCUUUUCAUGCUUGUAAUAGUUGCAAAAAGUUAAUUGUUCGGAGUUAGUGCUCUCUGUGAAAGGUAAAAGAAGCAGUGUUGUUGACGCGCAGCCGGGUCAUGAGUUUUGCAGAGUAUUCGGAGGAGAUCCGCGACGGCGACGUGGCCAUUGUGUACCUGGGCCACGAGUCCAUGAUGCCGGUGAAGGUGCGGCACGGGGGCCAGACACAGACACGCUACGGCGCCAUUCGCCACUCGGCCGAUCUGAUCGGCAAGCGCUACGGCGCCAAAGUGACUUGCAGCAAAGGGGGCUGGGUGCACGUGCUGCACCCCACACCCGAGCUGUGGACCGUCACGCUGCCACACCGCACGCAGAUCCUCUACACCACCGACAUCGCCACCAUCACGCUCAUGCUGGAGCUCAAGCCGGGCUCCGUCGUCUGCGAGUCCGGUACGGGCAGCGGGUCUUUGUCUCACGCCAUUUUGCGCAGCAUCACACCGACGGGCCACCUUCACACGGUGGAGUUCCACCAACAGCGCGCCCAAAAGGCAGAGGAGGAGUUCGCGGAGCACCGCGUGGACCACCUGGUCACCGUCACCUGCGCCGACGUCUGCAAGGACGGCUUCGGGGUGGCGGGUGUGGCUGACGCCAUCUUUCUGGACAUCCCCAGCCCCUGGGAGGCCGUGCCACACGCCAAGACCGCCCUCAAAGCGCAUGCAGGAGGUCGCGUGUGCUCGUUCUCUCCGUGUAUGGAACAAGUCCAGAGGACAUGCCAGGCUUUGUUGGCUCACAACUUUGAGGAGGUGGAAACCUUGGAGGUGGUGCUGAGGGUUCACGAGGUCCGCACCGUCUCCAUGCCGCUUCCCGACUUCGGGCUCGACGCCCCGGCCACCCCUCAGGCCCCGCCCCUUCCCGCCUCCAAUCACUCCGCCGUUUCCUUGAAGACGACCACGCCGCCCCGUGAGAUGCCCGCCCACACCGGGUACCUUACCUUUGCCACCAAACCCAGAACAUAGUCAAGUUUGCUGUUCAAUAGCAUUUUUUUUUUUUUAAAGUAAUACUUGGUUGCUUGCAUCAAGCUGACAUUACAAUUUGUCUUUUUUUUUUUUUUUUUAUACGUUUGUUGAAAUUACUU